AUGUCCACUUUGGAGAACAUCGAGGUCUUUAAAGUUUCUGAUGCUAGAAAGAAGACCUUCACAGUUACACAUGAGAAAGAGACUGAGUCAUUUGAUUGUGAGUGUAAACUCUUUGAAAGGUGUGGUUAUCUAUGCAACCACCUUUUCUUCGUCCUCAGAAACAAAGAUGUCAACAAUAUUCCAGAGAAGUAUGUUGGUAACCGGUGGCUGAAAAGUGAAUUACUGAAGGCAGUUCAUAGUCUCACGAGUGAUGAAAGUGCGUAUGGCAAAGGUUCUAACGAAGAUGACAAGCUACAGAUUGGUAACAGGUGUCAAGGACGUUACUUUGGUAUAUAUCAACGCGCUUUUAAGAAUAAAAAUCAUCUGAUUGCAUUGGAUAAUAUGCUUGCGGGUAUUGCUCCUCAAAUUUUUACUGAUGACACUACUGGAUCUUCAUCAGUUGAUAAAAAUGAUUCCAUCAAGAAUAUAUAUGGUAUUGUUGUACCUGAAGAAAUAACUGCACGUGCUCCAGAUGUGGUUAGUACAAAGGGAGGUGCAAGUGACAAGAAAAGCAGGAUUAAGUCGAGCAUAGAGAAAGCAAUUGAAAAAGCAAAGUUGUUUUUGAGUUUUUAA